UGACCAAUGGCGACUUAUCUUGAACGGCGGCAAAAUAUUUAAAAGUAAACAGGUUUGAACGUUCAUAGGGCGCAGUUUGGUGUUUCACGACGUGUUCAUGUGUAGGUGUUAAGCACAACCUACAGGAUAAAUGAACAAAGAGCAGAGUAGACUACCAGUCAUGUCGAAGAGGCCUUUCUCCAGCACCACUGAUGGAGAGUAUCAACAGCCUGCAACGAAAAAGAUCCGGAAAGUUGAGAUGGGUCUUCAGAGGCUCAAACCGCCUACUAGUGUAAUCCCUCCAAAGUGUCCUGGGCCAGUCAAAGCAACCAGCAGAGCAGCAACUGUGGCUGCAGCUCCCUCAAGAGGUGCUGCAAAAAAACCAUCUGCACAUGCACCAGUAAUUAAAGGAGCAUCCAAGAGACCAGGAUGGGACUUGAAAGGAAAAGUCCUUGACCUGGAGAACAAACUUCAGAAUUACCAGGGCCAAUUGAAGUCUUUUAACCAAGAAAAUGAGAACCUUAAAGCAUCAAAUGCAGAAGUGCAUAAAAACAAUGUACAGGCCAAAGAGGAGAACGAGCAAUUAAAGCAGCGCCUUAGGACCCUUGAAGAGAGACUAACUAAUCUGGUAUCUGUGAAAGAGGAGCUGGAGAGAACUAUUAAAGAAAAAGAUGGUCUGCAGAAAGAUCUGGAGAAGCUAGCUGAAGAAAAUGGGAUUUUGCUGAAGUUAAGAGAUGACCUGACUACUGUAAACGGCAAUAUACAGAGCCAGCUUUCUAUUCAGACUUCUGCUCUGGCCCACUGUCAGGAUAGUCUCCGAGUGUCUCAGGAUACAGUAAAAAGUUUGCAGGAAUUGGUGGCAAGGCAGCAGGAUGAGCUUCACUGUGGAGAAAUGGAACGCAGGAAACUCCAUAACACAAUUCAGGAGCUGAAGGGUAACAUCAGAGUUUUCUGCAGGGUACGUCCUCUCCUUUCCAACAAGGAAGCAACCAUCCCACACAUUCAACUGCCUACUCAUGACAAGAAGUCUAUAACACUUGCAAAAAUGGAAGAGUCGCAUGUGGGACGGGCUGCAGAGACUAAAAAUUACAUCUUCAGCUUUGACCGUGUAUUUGGGCCACAGAGCACCCAGAGUGAGGUGUUUGAGGAGAUCUCCCUCUUGGUACAGUCAGCUCUGGAUGGCUACAAUGUCUGCUGCUUUGCUUAUGGCCAGACAGGUAGUGGCAAAACGUUUACAAUGGAAGGUGGUGACAUGGAUGACACGUGGGGGGUCAUUCCACGAGCUGUCCAGCAGAUUUUCAAGUCUGCCAACAUGCUUCGUGAGCAAGGCUGGCAGUAUACCUUUACAGCCAGCUUUGUUGAAAUUUACAAUGAAACCCUGCGGGACUUGCUGUAUCUGGGCAAACCUAACAAGAGGCCAGAGCAUGAAAUCAAAAAGACCACAAAUAAUGGAGUCACAGUCACCAAUCUGAAUUACCAGAAGGUCACCACUGAGGAUGAGGUUUGCAAGUUGAUCAUCUUGGCAAACCAAAACAGGUCCACUGCCCGAACAAACAUGAAUGAUCAAUCCUCUCGUUCCCAUUCAAUUUUCCAGCUGGACAUUGACGGAGAAAACACUGGCAGAGGCACCAAGUGCAAAUCCUCUCUUUGUCUGGUGGAUUUGGCUGGCAGUGAAAGGAUCCAGAAAACCCAGUCUCAAGGAGAAAGGUUUAAGGAAAUGACUGCCAUAAACUCUUCGCUCACCAAUUUGGGAAUUGUCAUCACUGCUUUAGCCAACAAGGAGAGCUUUGUGCCCUAUCGCAACUCAAAGCUUACCUACCUGCUUCAGGGAUGCCUGGGUGGCAACAGCAAAACUUUGAUGUUUGUAAAUAUUUCACCUGAAGAAGAAAGUUUCGGUGAAUCACUUAAUUCACUGCGCUUCGCCAGCAAGGUGAAUGACUGCAUUAUUGGAACUGCCACGGCCAAUAGGAAGUAGCAUUUUGUUUUUCUUCUUUGACCAUCUGAAGGCACAGUUACUGGUCCAUCUUUAUGCUUUUUCAGUAUCUGUCUGCCUUGCAUUUUUGAAGAUGUUUUUAAUCCAUUUUAUUGCUUUAUAUUUUAAUCUCAUAAUUUUCAUUUUCACACUGUUGGUGCAAUUACCUGGACAUAUCAAAAAUAAAUAUUUUUGAUCAAUGCA